AUGCUGCAGCGCAAGCCGGUCGGCGGGCAACCUCAGGCCCCGGCAUCACCUUCGCAGACCACACCACCACCCCCAGGGCAGAUUCUGACGGGGAGGCAGGAACAUUACCUCAAACGCGAACUCAUCGCCCACCAAGUCCGCACCGAGAUCACCGAACUCAACUCCCCAACUGCCCUGCACCGCUUCGGCGCCCCCUUCAAGUCCGAAUACGGCGAAGUCGCCCCCGUCGAUUCUGAACUCCCCAUUCUCCGUUACAUCUUCGUCCACCAUGUCCGCAACUUCCCUUUCCUGGACCAAGCCCGCGAGCAAGAAUUUUGGCAAGACAAGCUGCAGAUCUUCCUCGAGUCCUUUGCGAACAAGCACGUCUCCUCGUCCGAGGACCGGCUCGAAGAGACCAAGAGACGCAAACUGGCGAGGAAAUGUGAGAAGCUGGUGGAGUUGAUGAUGGUGUCGGGGAUUCCGACGGCGUCGGGGUAUGAGGAGAGGAUACAGUUUUCGGAAAUGGAGGUUGUGGAUCGAGGGGCGAAUGAGAAUGGAAUUCUGGCAAAUGUGCCCGACGGACAUGCGAUUCAUGGGUGGGAUGUUAAUGUUGCCGCUGUGAGAGUUAGGUCUAUUAGGAGGACGGUGAGGCAUCAUCAGCACGCUGAAUUCAUCAUUCGCGUUCACCGUGCAGGGCAGUCAGAUUUGUUCGUUGGCAGGCGAUACGGCGAUUUCGCGAAACUUUAUAAACAACUGCAGACUGAGUUCCCUGGGAAACCACUCCCUACACUCCCACGGAAGAACAAGACGUCUUCAACGUCGAGUUGGUGGGGUUCGUCGACACAGGAUGACGAUGUGUCUUCUAUCUCAUCGUUCUCUACGCAGGAGGUAGGAGCUGCUCAGGAAGAGAACCGUUCUUCUCGGAAUCUUGCGCCAGGAGACCACCACAGCCAUCACCGUUCUCUGUCUCGUUCGUCCGGUCGAUCCAAUCGAUCUUCCCUUGGGAGAUCGCCCAAGUCGCCUAGAGCAUCUGGUGAGGAGGCUAGAGAUACGGUGCUGUACAGAGAGGAGCAGCGUGUUUCUCUGCGCGCGUUCCUGCGUACCCUUCUCCAGCACAAGCGGUUGGCUGAGUCGAAGGCGAUGCAGGAGUUCUUGACGGGAGAGCCUAUUACCUUGACCGAAGGUGAUCUAGUCGAUAUUCAAAGACGCAAGGAAGUUGAUUCUGUUAGGAUCGAGGAGCAGAAGCGGUUCUACGAGAUUGCCAGACAGCGUGCUGCUGAGUUGGAUGUUUACAUGGAGAACUUCCGUCGGGAUAUCGUGGAGAGCAACGGUCUGACCAAGCUUUUCUCUGAAAUUCGCGAGAAGCAGACGGUGGCCGAUCUUAGUCCUCAGUAUCAGAAGUUUGCUGAGUGGCUUCGUAUCGAGAUUGCCGCAACUUUGUAUCACCUGUUCUUGGCCGAAGACAACUCUCCUGAGCUGUUUGCGCAGUUCAAGCGCAUACACUCGCUUGUUCCGUAUACGAUCAUGAAGAACGUGAUUCGUGUCGCUAACCCUGCGGCUGUGAUGUCUGGUGUGCUAGAUAUCUUCCUGGCACAGCCAUUUGGAUCGCGGUCUCUUCUGCAGCGUAUCUUCUCGAUGACUUUGAACGACGGUAUCAAGUCUUUCCAGAAGUCGAUUGAUGCGCUGGCUUCCAAGGUUGAGGACCCCAUUCUGUGCCAGAAGUUGAAGGCCUUUACCGACGCAGAUGAGGACGUCAAGAAUGUGAUUCGUUCCGAGGCAGCAACUGAAGACCUUGAUCUGAUCGUGGCAAUUCUGCGAUCCGAACUGUUCACCCCCGAGCUCGCACCCGAGCAGUUCGAGCGUGUAUUCAACGGUUACGUCGCCUGGAACUACGCCGUCGACAACGUCGACCAAGAAAUGCGCGAGGGUGCCCACUGGUUCGCCAACAUGAAACAACUCCUGAAGCUCUACACCCGCCAACGCGACAAGGCCAUGAUGCUCAACAUCGUCGAAGAGCCUGUCACCCUCCAACUGUUCCGCGAUCUCUUCACCAUCUUCUACGAACCCCUCGUCCGCGUCUACAAAUCCGCCAACGUCUACAGCAGCAUCACCGACUUCGCGCACUUCGCCGAUGACGCCAUCGCCGUCAUCGAAAAGUGCCAGAGCCAAGACGCCUCCGCAGACCCCAACCAAACCGUCCAAGCCUUCAUCGACCUCUGCGAGCGCCACCAGGACAACUUUUACAAAUUCAUCCACGAGGUGCAUCUACACGAUAACGGACUUUUCGGCUCGCUCAUGUCGUGGAUCGAGGGGAUCCUGGAGUUCUUGAGGCACGGUCCGAACGGCGGGAAAUUGGAUAUGAAUGCGUUGAUCCAAGGUGGUGUUGAUGUUGGUCAGGUUGAUAAGAAUAAGGCGCUCGAGGAGAUUAAUUCGCUGAUCCAGUGGCAUGAGGAUCGGAAGAGGUGGCAUUUGAAUAAGACACGGCAAAAGAUGGCUGCUGAGGGGACCGGUACUGAGGGAUUCCCGAGUGGGAGCUUUAAGACGAGUGAUUUUGGUCUUGAUGAGCAGGCCGACCUAGAAGACCUCGCCAUCUCCGACGCCGGCUCCGAGGACGAAGACCCCGAAGAGGCAGACGAGCGUGAAGAUCUAGACCCGAUUGCCGCUGAGCGUAGACGACGCGUCAAGAAACAGGAUCAGUUGAGACGGACGGCGGGGGAGCCCGUGAAACCUGAUGUUCAGGAGGUGUUCAAGUUGAAGGAGUCGUUUGGGGUUAUGUUGAGAUUGGUUCUCGCUGGGUAG